AUGUUGGCUGGUAGAACAUCUAUAUUAAGAGCAUCAAGACGUUAUUUAUGUGCUUCCUCCAGAAGAAUGGCGGAUGUUGAGGUCACCGUCGAUGGGAGAACAGUGUCGAUUGAGGCCGGAUCAUCGAUUAUUCAGGCCGCAGAUAAGGCCGGAGUGACUAUUCCUCGUUAUUGUUUCCAUGACAAAUUGGCUAUUGCUGGUAAUUGUCGUAUGUGCCUUGUGGAUGUUGAGAGAAUGCCCAAGUUGAUUGCAUCGUGUGCUAUGCCGGUGCAAAACGGAAUGGUGGUCCACACGGAUUCGGAAAGGAUCAUGAAGGCCAGGGAAGGGGUAACUGAGAUGUUAUUGGAAAACCACCCGUUGGACUGUCCUAUUUGUGACCAGGGGGGAGAAUGUGACUUGCAAGAACAGUCGCAGAGAUACGGUUCGGACCGUGGUAGAUUCACCGAGUUAAUGGGUAAGAGAGCUGUCGAAAACAAGGCAAUUGGACCUCUUGUUAAGACCUCGAUGAACCGUUGUAUCCAUUGUACCAGAUGUGUAAGAUUCAUGAACGAUAUUGCUGGGGCCCCAGAAUUGGGUUCCACUGGUCGUGGUAACGACUUGCAAAUUGGUACCUAUAUCGAAAGAAACAUCAACUCCGAGAUGUCCGGUAACAUUAUUGACUUGUGUCCUGUGGGUGCCUUAACCUCGAAACCAUAUGCUUUCAAAGCCAGACCAUGGGAAUUGAAGAGAACCGAAACCAUCGAUGUUAUGGAUGCAGUUGGUUCGAACGUCAGAGUGGACGCUAGAGGUAUUGAAGUCAUGAGAGUGUUACCAAGAUUAAACGACGAAGUUAACGAAGAAUGGAUCAGUGACAAGUCGAGAUUUGCCUGCGAUGGGUUGAAGACCCAAAGAUUAACCAUUCCUUUAAUUAGAAACGGUGAUAGAUUUGAAAACGCUACAUGGGAUGAGGCUUUGUCUACUAUUGCGGCUGCUUACUCUAAGAUUAACCCAUCUGGUAACGAAGUUAAGGCUAUUGCUGGUGCUUUGGCUGAUGUCGAAUCGAUGACUUUAUUGAAGGAUUUAGUCAACAAAUUAGGUUCCGAAAAUGUUACCACUGAUGUCGCUCAAGGUACUAAUGCUCACGGUCUUGACAUCAGAUCUAACUACAUGUUCAACUCUACUAUUGACGGUAUUGAAGACGCUGACCAGAUCUUGUUGGUCGGUACUAACCCAAGACACGAAGCUGCAGUAUUAAACUCAAGAAUUAGAAAAGUCUGGUUAAGAUCUAAUUUGGAAAUUGCUCAUGUUGGUCAAGAAUUCGAAUCAAUUUUCGAUUUAGAGCAUAUUGGCCCUGAUGUCAAUGCUUUACAAAAGGCAUUAAACGGUGAAUAUGGUAAGAAGUUGGCUUCUGCCAAAAACCCAUUAAUCAUUAUUGGUUCCGGUGCUGCUGAAUCUGAAGAAGCCCAAAGCAUUUAUAAUAUUGUUGGUGAAUUCGCUAAUAAGAACAAGAACUUUAAUACUCCAGAAUGGAAUGGUGUUAACUUAUUACAUCGUGAAGCUUCCCGUGUUGGUGCGUUGGAUAUUGGUUUCAAUACUUUGAGUGAAGAGGUUGCUCAAACCAAGCCAAAGUUCAUCUAUUUAUUAGGUGCUGAUGAAAUUAAAAAUAAGGAUAUUCCAAAGGAUGCAUUUGUGGUGUACCAAGGUCACCAUGGUGAUUUAGGUGCAUCAUUUGCUGACGUUAUCUUACCAGGUUGUGCCUACACUGAAAAGUCUGCUACUUACGUUAACACUGAAGGUAGAACCCAACUGACCCGUGCUGCCACCAACGCACCUGGAUCAGCUCGUGAAGAUUGGAAGAUUUUAAGAGCAUUAUCUGAAUACUUGAGUGCACCAUUACCUUACGACGACUUGUACCAAGUUCGUUCCAGAUUGGGUGAAAUCGCUCCUCAUUUAGUCAGACACGAGGUUAUUGAACCAGUCUCUACCGAUGUUGUUAGCAUUGGUUUCAACGAAUUAAUUAAUAAAAACAAGGGCAUUGCGCCAAUCGGUAUCCCAUUGAAGAAUCCAAUUGACAACUUCUACUUCACUGAUGUCAUAUCCAGAUCUUCUCCAACUAUGGCUAAAUGUAUUUCUUCAUUCGGUGCUAAGGGUGGCAAGACUAUCGACACUAAACCUGAUGUUGAUUUUUAA